UCGCCAAGUUGCGAUAGCACAUCGAUAAAUAACGUCAACACUUUGCACGUGUGGAAUUGUUUUUAUUCUGCUUAAAUAAUGUCCAAGUUCCUCUCUUAUUACAAUUUGUUUCCUAUACCGGACCCCAAGGAGUUUCUGGGCCUGGCUGCGGACAGGGAGAAGGGAAAUGUGGUGACCACACUGGCGCGCAAUGUGGUGGUUGUUUUGAAUAUCAUCACACAAAAGCAGUUGCUCAGUUGGUCCCUGCCGGAAAAGCUAUCCUCCAAGGUUAUCUACGACCCCAGCAGCCAGAAAUAUGUGGGCGUCUUCGGAAACCACUCGCUGCGUCUAUGGGAUGUGGACACCAGUGAUGUGGCCAAGUGCAAGAAGCUGAAGUUCCAGAAAAGCAUUGCCCAUUUGGUGGAAACCAACCAGGAGGCCUUGAUUCUCUACAGCGAUGGAAAUUGCCAAACCCUCACACAGGCGAUAGCCUCUCGCAAGGAACAGAAGGAGGACACGGCUGAGCAACUUACCCUUGCCAACAGCAAGGUCAUCAGCAAGCCCUCUGUUUUCACCUUGGCCCAGGGUCAGCAGGUGCUCACUUACUUCGAGGAAACGAAAGCCACUGGCGAACUUCAACUCAUCCGGCUUUCCUUGACAACCUCCAAUCGGCGGGUGUACCUCAUAAAACGGGAGGAUGUCCGCUUAACAGGAUAUGCCGUCGUGGAAGGCGAUGCAGCUCCCCAAUUACUGACCAUUUGGUCCGACAAGCGCAUCUUUAUGCUGAAUCUGGCGGAGCGCACUUCGGAGCGAUCACCCGGACAAUUCGUGUCCAUGCUGGCGGAGCUGAACGUGGAGAGCAAGCUGACUGUGCAUGGGGUCUCGCGAAACUUUGCUGCUAUCUACGGCGCCAACUACGGACAGGAGGGCGCCUCGCUGUUGGUUUACAACACUCAGUUCAAGGUGGUCAAUGCCAAGCAGUACUUCAAAGUGUACCUGGACUUCUCUCGCCUUUGGGCCGGCGAUGAGCACAUCCUGCUAGCCAUGGGUCAGAAUAUUGCCGCCGUGCGGUACCGAAUGAACCGAGAGGUUUUGGUCGAUAUGCUGGGCUCCCAGUUUAGUGACACUCACCUUUCCCCCAUUGAACUGGAUCACAUAAACGAGGAGGAGUACCUGGAGUCUGUGAUCAAGUUCGAUGGCUGCGCAAAGUCCUUCAAUUAUACGGCCGUAAAAUCAAAGUUAAAUAAACAGCUGCCCACGUUGGAAUUCCAAAAGGCAGACGGCAGGGAGUUGGCCUACGACCCCCCUGAGCUUGUGGAUCUAGAGAUGGAUGAAAUCAUCAAGCAACAUGUCCACGGAGAGACGACCACUUGCGAGAACGGAUUGGAAGACGUGAGCGUCACUUUAAUGACGAACUUCUUCGAUGCGGGACCAAAUAACAUAGCUGUACACGCCUUGGUUCGGCAACUGGAAAGAAGUGGAGCGGGCGAGGAGGAGAUUAUAGAGAAAAUUCUCACACUUUUUAUCAAGACCGAGAACACCGAACAUGUCCUCAUGUGCCUGCGCCGUUACAGCAAUAUAUCUGAGAGAAUGCUAGCCUGGUCGCUGCGAUUUGCCUUAGAUAAAAGCACAAAUCGCCCUCUUCUUAAUGGCGAUGCGAAAGACGAGCCCGUAAAGAAAAAUCAGUCCAAUGUCGAGUUGCUGAAUGCAGUGCUGGCCUGCAGUUUUGAUCCAAGCGGCAUCGAGGAUCAUCUUCGUCAGCGCCUGGAGCUCUCCCAUGUCCAACAUUUGAUGAACCACCUGUUCGCACUGGUCAAUGAUCCGAGUGCGCAGCUAGAGGAACGACCCAACCGGGAUUCCUCGCUGGUUCAAACGGAAGUUCAGGCCCUACGAUGGUUCGGCUGCCUCUUGACCUCGCACUUCACCCUGCUGAGCAUUUCCAAGGACGAGGCGCUGCUCGAAACGCUCUACAAGUGGGCCAAUCUCCUCUCCUUUUACGAGGAUAGUUUAUUCGAUUUAGCUAAUUUACUGCCGCAGCUCACGAAUAUUGUGGAGCAGCGUCAGAUGAAGCCCAUUUACUCCACCACAUGGUAUGGAAUCGAGGAGGUGGUGCUCUACUAAAAAGAAGAUGAUACUAGAGAUUUUCUUAAGUUUAUUUUCUUUCAGAUUAAGCCAAAUAAACCUAGAAUUAACGUAUA